AAGUUUUUGUAAACAAAAGCAAUCCUCUGUUGUCGAGAUUUCCACGCAUGUGCAGAUCGCAGCGUUUGUUGUUCUCCUUGCGUGAUUGGAAAGUAAACAAACAUCAACCGUAGGGAAGCUGUUGAAUUGUGCCGGAAAGGAGCUCAGUAUUAUCGAUUUAGUUUUUGUGCGAAUCACGAAAUACAGACUGCUUAAAAUGUUACAUACUGCCUCAGUGUUCCUUGCCCUUGUGUUCACCGUAACAAUCGCCAUUACAGUAUGGGGUGCCGACGUUGAUAAGGUUGUGUUUCAGUUUCCGGAGUAUGAUUUCAAGGAAACGAGUAAAAAUGAGUUGACUUUCCGCGAGUACGAAUCGGCCUGCGAUCAAAGCAAUCGGUGUGCGGAAUUUGAUGGAAUCGAAAGGACCCGGUGCGUUCGGGAAUGUAUUUCACCGUCGUGCUAUCAGGAAAUCUACAAAUUUGAUGAGCUCGAAGAAGGAGAGAUCGAUGUACGACUGAACUCUUUCCGUGCCUGCUUUAUGCAACGUCUCAAUCGUAACCGUGGCUAAAAUAUUGCCUCACCCGUAGUUCCUCUAUGUAGUAUUUGAGUAUUCCUCACGGCCUGUUUACUGUUCAGUAUUUUAACUUUAGACCUAGUAGUGAUCCAUUUUGUUCCUCGGAUCCCGUUCUCGAGUCAAUCAUUUUUUCGUAAAUAAAUUGUCCAAUUUACUAACAUA